AUGGUGCAUGCGGAGGAGCAGGAGAUUCUUCAUACGGAGACCAAGAAGGAGGUGAUGGGUAUGAUGGCCAGGGGUGGGAUGAAGGGGCGGCUCCUUCUGGAGCAAGUGGCUCUGCUGAACAGGCUGCAGGAGGUAGUAGUUAUGGCCAUCGUCAUCGAGGCAGACAUUCGCGAGGCCAUCGAGGACAUCAGGGCUAUCAGGGGCCAUCAUAUGGGCGCCGUGGGGGGUCUCGCGUUAGUCGUUUGGGCGCUGCUCGCCAUCGUGCGGCGCUGCGCAUGGACGACAGAAGUAUCCCUGUGCCGCCUGAUCUAA